AAAGUGCUGCUGGGAAAGGGGUGCUAUCUAAACAUGUCGACAUGGGGAUGAUAAACAGAGCAGUAGCACAGCCUCUGUUGACGUGGUUAACAUUGGAAUUGGGUGUAUUAACAUCUCUAGAAAACGACAUUAAUGCUGUAUACCUGUUCACCUGAUUUGUAUUUCCCGGAGCUGCGUCGCGAAAAGAAAAUCUAAUGGUGGUGGCAACAUGGAGAGUGACCUGAGCCUCCAGGAUAAAAAGGACUUGGACAAGUUCAUUAAGUUUUUUGCCUUGAAGACCGUUCAGGUGAUAGUCCAGGCUCGCCUUGGUGAGAAGAUAUGCACUCGCUCUUCUUCGUCCCCUACUGGUUCUGAUUGGUUUAAUUUAGCAAUCAAAGACAUCCCAGAGGUGACUCAUGAAGCCAAGAAAGCAUUGGCUGGCCAACUCCCUGGCGUUGGGCGCUCAAUGUGCGUGGAGAUCUCCCUUAAGACUUCCGAGGGAGACUCCAUGGAGCUAGAGACUUGGUGCCUGGAAAUGAAUGAAAAGUGUGAUAAAGAUAUAAAAGUGUCAUACACAGUCUACAACCGACUGUCUGUCCUUCUGAAGUCUCUGCUGGCCAUCACCAGAGUAACACCCGCCUAUAAACUGUCCAGAAAACAGGGGCAUGACUAUGUCAUAUUGUACAGGAUCUACUUUGGGGAAGUUCAGAUGAGCGGAUUAGGAGAAGGUUUCCAGACGGUGCGUGUCGGUGUUGUGGGCACCCCUGUUGGUACUAUCACACUGUCCUGCGCCUACCGCACCAACCUGGCGUUUAUGUCCAACAGGCAGUUUGAGCGGUCUGCGCCGAUCAUGGGGAUCAUUGUGGAUCACUUUGUGGACCCUCCCGGUGGUAACCAGCGACCUGCACAUAUGGGUCAGCCCUGCAACUACAGAGCACCAGAUGAUGACGGAGCAACAUUCUCAGGGGUUCAGGAUUCACAGGAGGCUUGCACGACUUCCUUCUCCACUUCCCCUCCCUCUCAGUGUGUCUGUACACUGAGUCCUUCUCCUUCCAAACUGUCUAAAGCCCUCCCUCUGGACAGUCCACAGUUCCCACUGGUUCCUGGAGUUGUCACUCACACUCUGUACACCUCCAGGUUAUGCUACCAGCCUCCUGUCCAAGCAGGAACUGCUGACCUUUGUCACGCUGCUGCCAAUCCAAACCAGACGGUGCAUGCUGGGAAGGAGGAUGGGGUUGUGUUGCAUCCAGCACAGCCACAGCGUGGAGCUGAUGCCCAUCUGACAGCAGAGCACAUCGCCAACGUAGCUGGAAACAGGUUAAUCUCUCUGCAAAUUAAAGCCAAAUUCUGUAUGAGAGACAUCCUAUAUCGGCGGUGUUCAUCUCUUCCCAGUGGCGACAGUGACAUUUUAUCCCAAAGUGGAGAGGGAAGGAGGAGCACUUCUCCCUCCGAUCCAGUCGUGUCUCUCAGUGCAUUCACGAGGAAAGUGGGAGCCUUUGUCAAUAAACCCAACGCACAGCUAACAGCCACUAUGGAUUUGCCAUUUGCUGCAUUUGCUCCCAGAGGCCUGGACUCCGAGGACAAUGACCCAAUGGUCCACCCUCCAGACUCUCCCACCUGCCUGACCCCCCUGCAGGCCAGCCUGCGCUCGCAGGGCUCAGAGGGAUCCGCACAGCAGGACGACUUCGUCAUGGUGGACUUUCGGCCGGCUUUCUCCAAGGACGACUUGCUGCCGAUGGAUUUGGGAACCUUCUACAGGGAGUUCCAAAACCCUCCGCAGCUCACGAGCCUCUCACUUCACAUCAGUUCCCAGUCCAUGGCUGAUGACCUGGAUUCGCUGCCAGAGAAACUGGCCAUCUAUGAGAAAAACAUUGACGAGUUUGACGCGUUUGUGGACAUGCUGCAGUAGAAGAGGGUGGUGACGCCUGGAAUAUAAGCUGUCCUGCAAGAACGAGACUACAGUUGCACUCGAAAUGAUUCCGAUAUCAGUGGAACCUCGGUUUUUGUUACUAAUCCGUCCCAAAAGGCCCAGACAAAAACCGCAUACAUUCUCCCAGGCUGCAACUUGAAACUGUUGUUUCCAAAUGCCCGCAAGGCAUGCUGGGUAGUCAAGCUGCAAUAACUCCUUGUUGACGACCUCAACAUAUUUUGCAAUCAAGAAAGAUUGCUACAAACACGGCAAAAAGUUGUGAGAAAGAAUACCACCAGCUACCCAGCAUGCCUUGCGGCAGGAAUAUAUGAGUGUUUUUUUUGGCAUGGGUAUGGCACGUAGAUAUUUCGAGGAAAAGGCUUCUUGAGACGUCAUCUGUACUUCUGUGAAGAAA